UUAAUACAUUUAACUGCAACAACAGUCAUAGAAUUGGAAUUAACAUGUCAAAAUUACUCCAACUAAUUGUAAUGUUUAAUAUCGCAUUAAUAUUAUCCGAUAAGUGUAGUAGUGCUUUUGGAUCGCAAAACUUCCAACCAUUUAAAUUAGAUUCUACCCUCCGAAUAAUUUCAUCCGCCCCUACUCCAUCUGGAUUAAGGUUUGGCUGUGUAACGGAAAAGAAUCAAGAUUACGACGAAAUUCUGGAAUUGUUUGCCCAACACGAUGAAUCAGGUCGGAGGGAAGUUGCGCGACUAGACUUUUCCUCACCCACGCUUCUACGCACUUCCAGUUUGGAUGACAUCUCAGGAUUAUAUGAAUGGCCGGAAGAAUGCAUUUCGGGACUAAUUUCAUCCCCAUCCCCGGAAAUACCUCACCAUCACGGCACAAAAGAUGAACUUGACCAGAGUCUGAACAAUGGCGACGACGAAUCAUUGGCAUCCUUAUUCUUCGGAGGGUGCAAUUGUCCUCCCGGUCCUGAUGGAAGAGAUGGCCCAGCUGGACUUAUGGGCUUAAUUGGUGUGACUGGAAAUCCAGGAAAAGAUGGAAGUAAUGGGCUGCCAGGAAAUCGAGGAAGGAUCGGACGGAAAGGAGAACCAGGAUAUCGGGGUGCAAGAGGAGAUAAAGGUGAUCGUGGGGACGUUGGGGAUAUGGGUUCCCCAGGAAAAGAUGGACUGGAUGGCCUCUCAGGAAGGAAUGGUCGAAGCGUGACCUACGUCAGUGGUGGUCGUGGUGGAGGGAAUGGUACUUUGCAUACAAAUUCGAAUGAUAAUUCCACGUCAUCUUCUUCAGAGCAAAAUUUUCUCCGAACCACAACCAAUGGAAAAGUUUCCCAGAUUCCUAUCGUUCUUACAAUCAAACAAAACAAUAGGAAGUAAUAAGUUAGUAAAAAUAGGGAUAUCACACGAUGUUCAAAUAUUUCGAAUUAAGCGAAAAAUUAUUUUUUAAUGGAAUUUUGUAAAAAAAAUGUAUACAUAAAAA